GCCCCUGAUCGGCAUGGCCGCGGAGAAGGUUAAGGAGUCCCUGUCGCCCGUGGGCUUCCUGGAGGCAGCGGUGAAGAUCAGCCACACGUCGCCUGACAUUCCGGCUGAAGUGCAACUCUCCAUGAGGGAGCACUUCCUGCGGCGCACGCAGCGCAUGCAGAGACAGACCACCGAGCCGGCCUCAUCCACCAGGCACAGUUCCUUCAAACGCCACCUGCCCCGUCAGAUGCAGGUUGGCAGCCUGGAUCUGGGGAAUGACUACGUGGAUGUGGACGAGCAGCCCACCAGCAUCGGCCGCAUCAAGCCCGAGCUGUACAAGCAGGCCACCCUGGAAAGCGAGGAGUCCGCCAAGAACGGAGGUGGCAAGACGUGUGGCAAGAUCAACUUCUCACUCCGCUACGACUACGAGAAUGAGAUGCUGCUGGUCAACAUCCUCAAGGCCUUCGACUUGCCAGCCAAGGACCUGUGUGGAAGCUCGGACCCUUAUGUCAAGAUCUACCUGCUGCCCGACCGCAAGAAGUUCCAGACGCGGGUCCACCGUAAGACGCUCAACCCCACCUUCAACGAGUCCUUCCAGUUUCCGGUGCCCUACGAAGAGCUGCCUGUCAGGAAGCUCCACCUCAGCGUCUUCGACUUUGACCGCUUUUCCCGACACGACAUGAUCGGUGAGGUUGAGGUGGACAACUUGCUGGAGGUGUCCGAUCUUUCCCGGGAGACUUCCAUAUGGAAGGACAUUCAGUACGCUACAACUGAGAGCGUGGACCUUGGAGAAAUCAUGUUUUCGCUGUGCUACCUGCCUACUGCAGGAAGACUCACUCUGACUGUUAUCAAGUGCAGGAACCUCAAGGCCAUGGACAUCACUGGAUACUCAGAUCCCUACGUAAAAGUGUCUCUCAUUUGUGAUGGGAAACGUUUGAAGAAGAAGAAGACCACCAUCAAAAAGAACACACUGAACCCCACCUACAACGAAGCCAUAAUUUUCGACAUUCCUCCAGAGAGCAUGGACCAAGUCAGCCUGCACAUCUCUGUCAUGGACUAUGACCUGGUGGGUCAUAACGAAAUCAUUGGCGUGAACCGUGUCGGGUGUGGAGCCGAGGGACUGGGCCGAGACCACUGGAACGAAAUGCUGGCAUACCCCCGCAAACCCAUUGCACACUGGCACCCCCUUCUGGAGCCCAAGAAAUCAGAAAAAGAGUGGAAAACCAGGACAGCUAGUUUUGACAGUCAGGGGUCUUGCCCCUCCCCUAAAGCCCCCGCCAGCCCUUGAGCAGAACCACAUGUUCACCAGGAGGCCCCCCUUUCCCCGACUGUCUGUGUGCUCAAGGAAAAGAAAAAAAAAAGAACAAAAAAACAGAAAACAACAGCCGUCUCCAGGUUUUCCUUGACAGUGGCUCCCAAGCGCUGAUCUGUGAUCAGUUUCCUGCAGUGUUUGUCUAGCGUCUCUGGAGUUGGACUCACUCAAAAGCUGAUUUUCCCAUCAGUUCUUGGGGGCCUUGCGCACCCGGAGUUAUUACACCUCAUGUGCUCUGAAGAGGCCAGGCCUUUUGGUACAGCAUGGUUUUGUUAGCAGAAGGACUUUCCCUUUUUUCCACAUUUUGAAGAGUAUCUCCAGAAGCGAGGUGAAUGAAAUCUGACCGCGGCAUUCUCAGAGGAGCUGCGCGCGCAGAUGGGAGCAGCUCUUUGAUGAUCACUCGGAGCACGUUGUUUGAAAGGUGGAACAGCUUAUCGCAUAGAGCCGAGGGUCUGGGUGGUGUAGGGAAGAAUGGGCCCAGCUAAAGCACAGCUGACUAAAGAAAAAGGACUCAAUCAAAGCUUCAUAGCACUGAGGGCUGAUGGCAGAGGAAGAGAUGGGACCUCCACUUGUUAUGUCAUGAACGAACCACUUCCUCUCCUCUCGAGUACACAUAGUGGAGACUUUUACUUUUAAAACUUACCUGUCUCGAGUUUGUUGAUGUUGUUAUAAGAAAUGGUGUUAGUAUGUCAUAAAAAGAGGCAUUUGCCAAUUUCAGCACAGCACAAUGAUCUCAAGUGCUUUCCUUACCCUUGAAGGACCUGUCCAAGCAAGACUUGUAGGCUUGAAGUCUUUGGUGAAUAUAUUUGUACAUGAAUGGAAUACUAUACAUUUACCUGUAUAAUUUUAAUUUAUGUAGUUAUAUCUUGGGCAUUUGAGGUUCAAAGUGAUUAGAUGUAACAUCUUUUUGUGUUAGCAUUGAUCUUUCUUUAACUAACACUUUUUGUUUAAAAAAUGUGCUACUGAACAGGUUUUACUCACUUUUCCAUUUGCUGUUAUCGGUUUCUGGACUUCAUUGUGUUGCUGGUUGUAGCUGGAAAGUUGUCAAAAGGUUGUUCAGUCAUUUACUGUCACUUAUUCUACUGUCCACUUCAACUGUACUGUAACACACCACUGUCAUCAGUUAGUUAGCUGAAACUGUGAGAGCACAAAAUGAAUUGCUGUUGUACAGUGGGAAAAACGAACAAUACGGCUGGAUUUAAAACAUACACAAGAAAUGUAUCAAAGAAAUAUUCAGUGUGCAACAUUUCUGGGCAACUAUUAUUAAGUAUGAAUUUAAACACUUAAACAAUGAGUUACCUGCAUUAACUCAUCGCCUGUAACAUACUGUGCAUCAUCGCUGCCGGAACAAAACCUUUUAUUUCCAUUUUUGUCGUUUUUUGACA